UGAGAUCAUGUAUGCGAGACACUGGGCUAUUUCCCUGAACCUUAAUAUAUAUCACAGGAGUGGAAUAUUGAUAAAGAAGUACAGCCUGUACCUGUAUUUAUAGGUACAAACUUUCGUGUUACACGCGAGUUGAAUGGUCACAUCCCCGAUCCCUCCCCUGGACGCCAACGUAAUACCACUAAUACUACCGUCACAUGUACUGACGAUAAGUUAGCCGGUAGGUCUUCCUACAUCUACGUAUACAGGUACGUGCAUGGGGUAUUACUGUGUGGUUACACGCGAGAUGACAGGUGCACGUUCCGCUCCUUGAUUGCUACUAAUACUACUGCCGGUGCCCUACGAAUAGGGUGUUUCGCUCCAACGCCCGAACACUUAACCAUACUACUCGUGUUACGGCUUCAGCUCGGAGCUCAACAGUUAACAAAAUUCAAACAUGGAGGAAACAUUUACGAUACAAGUGUGUGUUUACUUUCUCUGCAGUGACGUGUGCUGACCCCCGGGACUUGAUUGUGGGAUUUACCUCGGAGGGUCGGGAGGUAUGAGGCGUCGCCAUGACACUGCUGCGGACCCUCCAUCUCUGCACAUGGAUUACCAGUCUAUUUCUGCUCCUAACACAAACUCAAGGGUCCCAGUACCGGAUAUCCGUUCCAGAGGAAUAUAUUGCCUUCAUGGGGGAUCUCACAAUAACGUACAGUGUACCAAUCAAUGUGUCCAUGCCCAACGCCUUCAUACGGGUACUUUUCUAUGGCGUCAAAGGACGACGGGAGAUCACCACCAUCAAGCUUUCCGUAGGACAGUCAACCGGAAGUGGGCGCGUUACAUGUGGAGUAAUAGAAGUUGCCGGUCGCCAUCUUUUGGAAAUGUAUAUGUAUUUAGACGGACCGUUAUUGACAUCCAAGGAAUUUACCGUGAGGUGGCCGGAAUUCCAUUUAUAUCUUCCUGAAAGACAUAUAGCUCAGACGACGGAAGUGAAACUUCGGUAUACAUCGGAAGCUAAGUGUGUUCCUCUGUUGGAGCAGUAUUCGUUCCAGAUAGAUUUGGAAUAUAGACCGGAAAAUCAGUUCGAUCCUUCCUAUUACACCACAGAGCCAAGAGUGCUUCAUUCGGAGCCAGUGCUUGAUAUUUCCCAGGCGAUAACAAAUAUAUCUUACACUUGUGGUAGUUUUGACUUUAAAGGCAGCUAUAGAGCGUUUUUACGCAACAGUUACAACAGAAACUUGACCGUUGCUAGGAGUAACGUAAUGGACGUCCGAUGGAGUGACGCAUAUGACGUUCGGAUAUCCUCUUCCAGUAUUCACCCGUGCCAGGGUCACCUAGCGGUGUUGUAUGAACACCCGCAGUGUUCCGGUACACAUGAUAAAAUCCGGAUGUACGUGUUACGUCGUGACCUAUCUGGGUCACUAGCAGCCCCCCUGGAGCGGGUUUACGUCACAGAGAGACACGCCCACCCCGAUAAGACGUAUGUUGUAUUCAAGUGCAAUUUGUUUCCAAUGGACGUCACAGCAGUCGGAUUCUGCUUCGUCUACGUCACCAUGUCGAACACCGACCUCGUGGUGGAGCAACACAGCUCCUGUGUAUCGGCGCACGAGGGAGCAGAUGGCGGUUGGAGCGAGUGGGGCGCCUGGAGCACGUGUUCGGUGACGUGUGACAUGGGGAAGAGAAGCCGAUACAGGUCAUGCAGCAAUCCCGCCCCGGCGUACGGAGGGCAGUUCUGUAACGACUACCCGGUCCAAUUCGAACCCUGCUUCUCCCUAUGUCCCGAUGCUAUACCAGAUACCCCAUUACACUCUCCAACGUAUAACCAGGAGUGCGCGUGCGGCUGCGAAAUCAAGAAACAACAAGGGGAGAUAAUUGGGACAGGACGGUGUGACGGAUUGUCACUUUGGUUACUGAGUGUGGACAAAGAAGAGAUCAUCAGACUUAAUUUUCAGUAUUUUAAGCUAUACGAGGACAAACAGUGGAUUAAGAUACGGGAUGGUGAUAGUGUGGACUCAAAUCUACUGGCUGUUAGCUUCGGCGGUGUCAUUGUAACGGAAGUUACGUCAUCAUCUAAUAAAAUGUUAAUUGAAUUUAUGAGCAAGACUGAAACCUAUCAUUCGUCCAAAAAUACAAAUUCAUCCUCAUCCUCAUCUUCAUCUACCAGAUCAUUCCAGCUGAUACCAACCAGGAAAAUCCACGUCCAUGGCUUCAUUGCCAACUUCAGUUCCAUACCUCGAAACUACACUACAGUGCUGACUGCCGUCCCGUUCCAGACUUUGCCACCAGAGGGCAGCAUAUGGAAAAGCACCGUCACCAUCGUUGGUAUUUCCUUGUGUGCUAUCAUAGUGUUGGUGGCUGUGGUUGUCGCCUUUUACCAUAAGUGUGUUCGCAAGAGGGAUCACAAGUAUUCCAUGGCUGGAACGGUCGAAAGCCCUAGCCACAUGGCAAAAAGUACAAGCAUGCAUAGCACGCCAAGUCAUCAUAGCGCGUUAAGUGGCAUUGAAAUAGACUAUGACAUGGAGCGCCCUCUUACGGGACAGAGUAAACAGAAAUCAAGAGCAUCGUCGAUAUCUAGCAUACGAAGCAAUGGGCGGAACACUAGUAAUAGGAAACGUUUGAAGAGUAAAACUGAUCAUGACUCUGUCGGGGGAAGUCCCAAGCCCCCAUCUAAACAUUAUUCACCUCUCCCAAGUCCUCAAGUACAGGCAGCAAAGACCGAGGAAGGAGAUGAGAAGAAUAGUCUUUUCAAUACUAGUCCAUUAUUAGGCCGUCGGCCAAGGUCACCUAAAGUACAUCCUUCAUCCAAGUUUAAAAACAAUAAAGACGUCAAAAGUCCAUUAUCUCCGCCAUUGACAAAACACGAAAUGUUAAAGCGAAAACGUUUUGACAGUGAACAAAGUCAGGAUAGAACUCCCACGAACGGAUUCAUGGAGAGAACACGGGGCAUGGACAGUCUUACUGCUACACCCCUGUCCACGGGAUCAACGACUCCAACAACCAAAGUGCUAUGUGCUGAGGUACACCCCGUCCAGCGAGAGAGUCCUCAGUUCACCAAACUCGAGUUCAUGGAAAAACUCGAGCCGGAAGAGGUCCGAAAACCCGGAUCUGGGACGUCGGAUGAUUCUCAGACCCCGGACAAUUUGUGCAAGGAACAAACGACAUCUUUUAUAAACAAACCUGACUUUAUGAGAAGAAAUCCCGACAAUCCGAAGGAAAAACCUCGCCGACCCACAUCACUGACAGAAAGUUAUAGUAUGAAUGCUAUCCUGCCUCUUAAUGGUUCUGAUAAGAAAAGCACGGGUAGUAAUACCUCGCAGAAAAUAGUGGCUCCUAUUGAUAGACAUAACGAUUUACCCAAACCAGACGGGCAAAGUCCGAAAACUCCACGAGAGUUAUGUUCUAAAUCUUCUACUCCGAAAAGUUGUCGGAGUUCCCGGAGUAGACUGACAUUGUCUCCAUCUCGUAGCGCCACGACCCCGUCUGACGGUAACCUGGAGAUGGAAUAUGAUGAUUUUAUCGACUACGAUGACACCUAUUCGUAUUUUGAUCCAAUAGAGACAGAAAAACUCCAGUGGCGAGGCAAGGAAAAACUCAGCAAGAUAGUUAGCGCUGAUGAUGACUGAUGCGCGAACAUGGUCACAAAUUAUCAUGACUUGUGUCACUCGAAGGCAGUGAAAACGAAAACCAUGACUGUUACGUCAUCGUUUGUGUCUGGGGUUUGUGUAAAACGUCACAUAAUCUAGUCUACGUAUGUAUAAUUCAGAACUUUUUGAGAUUUUGAGAAAGAUGACGUUCGGUACUUUUAUGAGGUCAUUUAUUUCUCAGUGUGGUGUAAUGGAUGUUUAUACAAGAUGCGCUUAUAACAAUGUACAGAAUUCACGGUGACAUACGUUACGAAAUCUGUGUUCUCUUUAUCGGUAAACAAGUACAGGUGAAUGCCAUGUUGUACUGAGAUGCCAACAUAUCACACCGCUGGGUAAACCAACCAGAAAUGAGUCUUUUCAACAUUAAUCAAAUCGAGCUGCAUUGCUGUCAUGGAUACCGACAUUUUGAUGUGCAGAUUUCCUCCCCUACACCGUCCAGAAAACACAUUAAUAUCUUGUUUUUACACAGGAGUUGUAUUGGUAUCACUGACCAUAUUUGUCACAAUUACGAGUUCGGAAUUUAACAAAACCGUGUGCCUGUUUCAAGACAUUGGUUGUGAGUGAACUAGCAUGGCCGCAUUAUUUUCCAGUAUUACACCGUCGCAUAUACAAAAGGUACGCCAUCUUGCCCAGAGUAUUUUGUUGAUGUCUACGCAGUUUUCGGGGAUGGCCCUCAGUUUAUUAGACAUGUAUAAAUAGGACAUAUGCUGUCAUUAGUACCAGAUAAACCGAUGACUGACGGCUUCCUGUUGAAGGCGGUUCAGUCAGUUACUCUGACAUUAAUAUUGUUUGCGCGAUUAAUGUGUCAAAUAAAUCGUUAAGUAAGCAUUAUUAAGUUCUAGAUCAAACAAGGUUUUUAUUAAAUCAUAGUUUUAUGUAUUAAUUUAAUUUUGAGGGAAGUUGCUUACAUAUAUUUCUUAUAUUUUUACGGAGGGGAGAUAACUCGGCCAUUUUGUGUCAGUUAAAGGAAGAUAACCGGUACUUUAUGGACUCGGUGGAGUGAGACCUUGACUCUAACGUAGAAAAAAUUGCAAUAACAAGUACUUCUUCUGACCAACAAGAAAAUGGAACCAUGUUUACAAAAUUCAGAAAAAUAAGCAAUUCCCAAAUAUGAUUAAAACACUUCCAAUGGAGAAGUGUCAAUUCAAUAUCAGGAUGGUGCACUUGGCAGCUAUAUAUGAGCACAUUGCAAAAUCUACAGGUACCAGAGGCCUCUUAUACAUAUCACAGAGAGAGAAAACAGAUUUUCGUAAGAUAGCGAUCUAAUUUUUCAGAUGUAUUUCAAAACGCAUUUUUGUCGUGAUAUUGUGGAGUAUUAUUUUCUAUGAUGUGUCUUAUUAAAAUGAAAGAUUUAUUUAUUUGACACAAGAUGAAAUAAACAAUAAAACAUGAA